AUGGUCAAUUUGAAUCUCAUCCCAGUCAGUGGACCAGAGGAGGAGGUGGCCUCCACCUCCAUCAGUGCAGCGGCUGGACCAGUGGAGGAGAUGGCCUCUACAUCAAGUGCGCUGGAGAUGGUUUGCCUUCAGAGCCAACAGAUCUGUGGACGAUGCAGUGAACCAGGCUCUUCAGUUCAUUCUGGAGCAUCUGGACUCCCAGGAACCUAUGCCAGGAUCCUGUUUGUGGACUUCAGCUCUGCUUUCAACACGAUUCUUCCAGCUCUGCUUGAAGACAAGCUUUGCCAGCUCAACGUGCCUGAAUCCCUCUGUAGAUGGAUUACAGACUUCCUGACCAGCCGGAGUCACCACCAGUCUGUGAAGCUGAUCAAGUUUGCGGAUGAGACCACCAUCAUCGGGCUCUUCUCAGAUGAAGAUGAGUCGGCUAACAGGAGGGAGGUGGAGCGGCUGGUGUCGUGGUGCAGCCACAACAACUUGGAGCUGAACGUGCAGAAGACAGUGGAGAUGAUCAUGGACUUCAGGAGAGUCACAGGUUCUCUGUCCCCUCUCUUGUUGGCUGGUUUACCCAUUCCUAUUGUGGACUCCUUCUGCUUCCUAGGAGGACCUCAAAUGGGAGCCAACCAUCGGGUGCCUCAUCAGGAUGGCCAAAAAGAGAUUGUUCUUCUUGCGGAAGCUACGAAGAUGAGGUUGCUGGUAGAGUUCUACACGGCCAUCAUCCAGUCCAUUCUCACCUCCUCUUACACCAUCUGGUACAACAGCGCCACCUCCAAGGAUAAGAGCAGACUGCAGCGCAUCAUGCGUUCUGCUGAGAAGGUGAUCAGUUGCAGCCUGCCACCUAUUCAGGACCUGUAUGUCUCCAGGACCCAGAGACGUGCAGGUCAGAUCAGAGACGACCCUUCUCAACCUGGUCAUGGACUGUUUGUUCCUCUUCCCUCUGACAGGAGGCCAUGGUCGAUCCAGACCGAACCUCCUUUCACAAGAACAGCUUCUUCCCCUCGGCCGUCAGACUGUUGAAUUCAUGAUCAGUCUUUGUUGUUUGUGGUUUAUUUUACUUUAUUUUAUUGACAGCACUUUAUUCCAAAGCACUUUCCUAGUUGGUGGGAUCCCCACUGACCAUGGCAAUACAUUUGAUUCUGAUUCUGAUGUAUUUAGGCCAUUUCUGUGGUGCAAACAAUAACCACAGAACACUCAAGCAUGCGUUCCAUGAUUUUGAAGCAGAUGAUUUCAUGCAAUAAAUCACACAUACCCAAACUGAGGAAAUGAGAAAUAGGUCACUAGUAUUAAUGUAACAAGACAUCUAUAUUUAUGUUAGUUUAUUCUAUAUGAUGACAAAAUUGUGCUGCCCACUUUCGAACCUCACAGACCCAUUGUGAUGCCAUUUCCUCACUGCAUUCCAGUUCCAGUUUGAGGUUGACUAACUCAGCGUUCUCCUCAGACAGUCUCCGACAUAAAAAAAAAUAAAAUUACAUUAAAAACAACAUGAAAUCAUUUGGAUUUGUAAAUUACAAGUUUGUAAUCAAGCAAUGAACAUUUACCUGCAAACACUUUGUGGAAAGUGAUUGGUGCAGUGACAUUGCCUUUUUGGAGUUCCAACCCAUUGCCUGCCUUUGACAUGUAUUUGGUUCUUGGGCACACUGGGAGAGGAAACUAUUAACCUGUUCCACUUCCUCACCAGCAGUUGUCCAUCCUCCAUCUUGGUAUUUUCCACUGUACUGUACCCAAGUGUGGAUGAGGUAAUGACUGACUGACAAUGAAACUGACAUUUGUAAUUCUCAAUGAUGCGGCAAACAAAAGACAAUUUUCUGUUUAAAUUUC